AUGUCCAAAAGGAUCCAAAUGCAUUACUAUGGCAUUUGGACUAGGCCUAUGUUGCGACGAAUUGAUUCAAGGUAUUGUCCCAAUUCGAAUUUUGUUUCGGCAUUCUGUAUUUCAGAAGCGUGGAGACAAGAAAAUCAUCCGAAGUGCGCAAUUCCAAACCAUGAAGUUGUGACCGAGACGGCGUGGUACGGAGAACAAGAACUUCUUGGCAGGCAUUGUGGUCACAAAUUCUGCCCGAUUGGUUCAAAGUGCGCCGAAGGCAGAUGGCUGGCUCACUGCUGCAGACCGAUCAUAAAAGCAGCUAAUUCAUAG